CUUGCCUCCUCCUUGGGUAGGACUUUUUCCCCGGCUGCCCCCCCCUCCCCACCAGCCCCAUCGCGCCGAGGGGUGAGAGCAGCAGCUGGGCAGGAGGGGGCUCCGCGGUGACACCUGCAGGGAGCUCUCGGCUGCGCUCCUCUCCGGUUGCCAGGUUUUGCAAGAGAGAGAGAGAGCUUUGGAGAGGAGGGCAGCAGGGCGGGGAGGACAUCUAUCUGCAAACCUCGUUUUGUGUGGGUGUGAGGAAGGGGUCGCAUUUAUUUAGGGGAGAAGGAAGGCAACGUCCGAGCUAGCAGUGAAGAAGUCUUCCUCCCCUGCGGCGCCGUGAACCUGGGAAUGAUGGGACUUCAGUCUUCAUCUAUCUGAUUUGUAUCUAAAAAAAACUUUGCUUCCUUGAGAACUCUUAAAUCAGCGUCCUGGUACAGCCAUGAAGAGUUCAGGGUUCACCAUGGCCAGCCUACCAUGCCUUCUCUUACUCCUGUGGACCAUCAAAGGUGUUCUACCUUCCAGUUCUCAUUGGAGGCCCACCUGGCCGGCCUACAGAGUCCCCGUCGUUCUGCCACAAUCAACCACUUAUUUGGACAAACCCCAGUUUGACGCCGAAGCUAAGCUGGAAGUGGUCUCGUCUUGCAGCCCGUCUUGCCACAAGAGUUCCCCGCUACCUACUUACGAGGAGGUGAAGGACUACUUGUCCUACGAAACUUUGUACUCCAACGGCUCCCGAACUGAGACGGAAGUUGGCAUCUAUGUUCUGACCGGCGGGAGCGCCGGGACGCAGAGCAGAUCUCGGGCCAAGAGGCAGAUCUACGGAUACGACACAAGGUUCAGCAUUUUCGGCAAGGACUUUUUGCUCAACUACCCCUUUUCCACUUCUGUGAAGUUGUCCACGGGCUGCACCGGGACUUUGGUGGCCGAGAAGCAUGUCCUCACGGCCGCCCACUGCAUCCACGAUGGCAAAAGCUACGUCAAAGGGGCCAGGAAACUACGCGUGGGGUUCCUGCGGCCGAAGCUGAAAGAUGGCAGCAAGGGGGUGAACAUCAGCAGCUCCCCGGAGCCGGAAAGGAUGAAAUUCCAGUGGAUCCGAGUGAAACGGACUCACGUCCCCAAAGGGUGGAUCAAAGGGAAUGCCAACGACAUUGGCAUGGAUUACGACUAUGCCCUCUUGGAGCUCAAGAAACCCCACAAACGGAAGUUCAUGAAGAUUGGCGUGAGCCCGGCGGCAAAACAACUGCCUGGCGGGAGAAUCCACUUCUCGGGCUAUGACAACGACCGGCCGGGGAACCUGGUCUACCGCUUCUGCGACGUCAAAGACGAAACGUACGACCUCUUGUACCAGCAGUGCGACGCCCAGCCAGGCGCCAGCGGCUCGGGAGUUUACGUGCGGAUGUGGAAGAGGCAGAGCCACAAGUGGGAGCGCAAGAUCAUUGGGAUAUUUUCCGGGCACCAGUGGGUGGACACAAACGGCUCCCCGCAGGAUUUCAAUGUGGCCGUUCGCAUCACUCCCCUCAAAUACGCGCAGAUUUGCUACUGGAUUACAGGCAACUAUCAGGACUGCAGGGACGGAUAAAGACAGUGGGCAUCCUUUUUUAAAAAAA